UAAUGUCCUGCUCCGUAUCGCUCAAAGAGCUGGUAAAUCUGGCCAUUGGAACCCCAGAACUUGGCGCUGUCAACUUCAAUGCUCUCCAUUCCCUGCUUCAUGGCCUCCUGGAACAUCUACAGCUCGGUGAUGUCCAGAGGAACCUGUCUAGGGAAGAGAGGGACUUUAUCCAGCCUGCUCUUACUAUGGGAGGAACUGCCUCUGGGGCAGACAGGACAUCCUCACUCUUCCAUCAGCUACAGGACAGGAUGUCAAAAAUGGAGGAGAGGCUUCUCUGUCUGGAUUCUUUGCCAAGCCCAUCUAGUCUCCUGCAAGGUAGCCAGUCUCAGAACAAACCAGUCCAGGACAUGUGGCAAAUGAUACAGCUGAAGAAGAAGGUGGAGUCAACUGAGGAUGGAGUGAACAAGGCUAUGAGCGCUUUCCAAGAGUUGCUCAGCACUUUUAACAGCCUGAAAUUAGCUACUGAUAUGAUCAAGGACAGAUUGGAUGCCCUUGGGGACACAGUGACAAAACUGAACAUCAACGAGCUUCGUCAGAGAUUAGAAGACCUAGCAGAACAGACGGAGAGAAUACCCUCCCUGAUGGACAAGCUGACGACCCUGAACAAUAAGCUGUCAUCCUACCCUGACCCUACUGACCUGGUGACCUGGCCGUCCAUUCAUGAUUCUGUGACCUCUAAGAUUUCAGACCACAGUCUCAGCAGUGACCUGAAGCAGACAAAAGCCAAAGGCAUCCUGCGUAGUCUUGGACAAUUGCCCAGUCGGCACGAGGAUUUGGAUGUACGAGUCCGCAGCAUCGAGGAUGAACUGCGCCGGCUGGAUGGAGAGAUCAGUAAAAUGAGCAUCCCUGAUGAUUUACUUCAGCAGCUGCAGGGUGUGAGGGAUGAUGUGGAUAGAAUAAUCAGAGAAAAUAAUAAGAGUAAGGAUGAGCUGAAUGCCUUGCAGGGAGCUUUGCAGCGACUUAAUGCAGCUCUGCAGCAACUAGACUCAAAGACGAAUAAGCUGGGAGAAAAUCUGGCGGAUACAAUGGCACUACAGAGUAAGAUCGAUGAGCUGGAGAAGAAGAAGCUGGACCGGGAUGAGCUGUUGCUAGAAUUAAACGUGAAAGCUGAUAAGAAAACUCUAGAGACUAAAGUGGGUCAUGCUCAGCUGGAGGCCACUGUGGGUGAGGUCAACGCUGUCCUAGAUGAUCUGAUCAAGAAGUUGGCUGCGCAAGAGAACGAGUGGCAAAGCAUGCUGGGAAAACUACUGGCAGCACUGGAAGCCAAGUUGGGCCGCUCAGACCUGGACUCCAUACAGCGCGAUUUGGAAGAGCUCUGGCGAAUCCUGAAGAAGCACCUCAACUCAGGGCAUCCCUUUGAUUUUGACGGUGCUGCUGGUUUCAGGAAGAAGCUGUUUGAGAAAGUUAGCUGCAUCUCCUGUGACCGUCCGGUGACCAUGGCGACUGGACCGCACCUUGUUACUGUCCGUGCAGCUACUCUGGUACCACGGGACCGUCCGUCUACUGCAGGAUACCAGGAUAAGAACUCAGGGGAUGCCUCUGAAGAGGUCGACGUAGAGUUCCGGUACUCAGAGGUCCCUCGGCCCCACACCUCCUGUUCACACCACAAGAAGACAACACGUACACAAAACCUCACCACAGUGUACCCUUAUGGAGACCCUUCCCAGAUCCAGUACAAAAAUAGCGAGGUUGACCUGAUUGGUAUUGAUGGUUUGAUGUACAAGGGGCGCCUGGAUAAAAAUCCUUUUCAUGAACGGGACUCUUCAGUGACAAUGACUCCACAGCCACCUUCCAGGAUUGUGUUACAAAGAGCCCGUUCUGCCACAUCCACUCCAAGGACUAAAUCACCCAUUACAAGGUCUACCUCGGCCAAGACCUCACGCAAUCUUCUCCAUGUGCCAUCUGCUACAGAGACUCCCAUAAUUCUACCACAACCAUCAGACAACACAGAGCUGAUACUCGGGAACUGAGUGGGAGGCUGAGCGAGGACAAAACCGCAAAUAUCAGCACAAAUGUGUCUAAACAUAAGACUACACACCACAAUCAUCCAAUACCCGUACACAGAGCCAAACAUGCCGAUCACGACUAUCACACACUGCACAAUCUCACACAUGCUACUCCAUGACAAUACAUCACAUUCUUGUUGCUAUGGAUAUAUCCAAUCACGAGCCAGCAUGUAUCACCAUUGUCUACGGGUAUCUAAACAAAUGCUUGAUUUUUUUUCAUCCUGUAAUUAGAGACUUUUUAUUUGAUUCUCCCAUGUACAGUUUAUCAAUAAAUCUGGAACCUCAAUUA